UAAAUUCAAGCAAUUCGUGUUGAUUUAAGAAAUUUUAAACUUUUUCUUUAAAAAAAUUUUUCUAAACACUUCUCAAUCAAAGAAUGGCGGAUGAGGUAUCAGCGUAUGCCGCCUACGGCAAAACGCUGCCGAAAAAGCAAGCACCAAAGAGGCAAGCAAAACGUUUGCCAAAGAAGACAACAAAGCAAACGCCCAAGACGCUAGCAAAGCGUUUGGCAAAGCGGACAGCAAAGCGUGCAUCUGGGGAUAAAGCAAAUGGGCAAAAUAACGGUGCUGCAGCCAAAAGGCAAAAUGGCGUGCAAACGAAGCCGAAAGCUCAGAAACUGGGCACACCCGACAACGCCAGCGCCGACGCCAGACGCAUUGACAGCAUCAGCGACAGCAUACCCUGCAACAGCGUGAAUAGCAACAACAACAUGCCGUCCAAGAAGAACAAAGGCAGGAAAUCCAAUGUAUCCGAUACAGAGCAAAGUGAGUCUCUCGACGAUACAGUUAACUUGGCUAGAAAGAUGGCCGACUAUUUAAAUGAGUGCGGCGAGCAAAAUUGUGGCUCCGAUGCCGACAGCAGCGGCGGCAGCUACGAAGAAUACGACAGCAGCGACAACGAUGACGAUAUGAGCGGCGAGAGCGGCAGUGCAAGUGAAAGCGAAAGCUGCAGCGAGGACUAUGAUAAAAGCAGCGACAGCGACAAUGAGUGCGGCGAUGGCGACAGCGACGGCGACAGCGACUGCGACAGCGAAGGCAGCAAUGCCUGUGAGAGCGAAAGCGGCGAUCAGUUUAGCGAGGAAUACACGCUGAAUAGCCACGCCGACAGCAGCAUCAGCAGCAGCAACAACAACAGCAGCAUCAGCAGCAGCAACAACAACAAUAGCAGCGCCAGCUCUCCCGAGGCUUUCGUAAUGCCUGCUGCAGGCAGACGCAAGGCAACCAAACGCAGCGAGCAUUUGGCCAGCAAUUCCGAUGCCAGCGAUUUUAUUGACAGCAACAACAACAACAACAAAAACACGCCACCAGCUGCCAAGCAGCAGAAGCUUCAGGUGCAGCAAAGACUGAAACAAAAGCAACUGGAGAAACAGGAGAAACGCGUAAGCGCCGCUGCGCAGCGCGAAAAUGCGGCGCCCUUCUGUCCGCUGCAGCGUACAGCAAAAACAACAACAACAACAGCUGCCAAAUCGUGCCCGCUGCCCAGCAAGGAGGCGGCGGCCAAGCCGGGCCGCAAAUCAUGCCCGCUACCCAGCAAGCCAGCGCCGGCAGCAAACAAAAUGGCGCCAAACAAAAUGGCGGCCAAGCUGUGCGCGCUGCCGCCGAAGAACGAAAGGGCGGCACAACAACAACAGCAACAACAACAACAACAACAGGAGCCAAAAGGAAGACGCAGCGAAAGUCAGCUGCUGCUGGAGGGGCCACAGCGGCAGCAGGUGCAUCUGCAGGACAGCAUUGAGGAGGGCAAACGUAUGCUGCACUGGCUGAUAAAUCCGAUGACAUCCGAUGAUUUCUUUAGCCAAUACUGGGAGCGGAAUGCCUGCCAGGUGAAACGCAAGCAACCAAAUUAUUUCUCACAGCUAAUCUCGUUUAAGUUGAUUGAUGAAAUGCUGAUACGCAACCAUCUGGAGUUCACCACCAACAUCGAUGUGACCACCUAUAAAAAUGGGAUACGCGAGACCCUUAAUCCGGACGGACGCGCCAUGCCACCGACCGUGUGGGGCUUCUAUAGCGAUGGCUGCAGCAUUCGCAUUCUAAAUCCGAGCACGUAUUUGAUUAAAUUGCGCCAGCUGUGCGCCAUGAUGCAGGAGUUCUUCCAUUGUCUGGUCGGCGCCAAUGUGUAUUUGACGCCACCGAAUAGCCAGGGAUUUGCGCCCCAUUACGAUGACAUUGAGGCGUUUGUGCUGCAGGUGGAGGGACGUAAACGCUGGCGUUUAUAUUCACCGCUGCAUCCGUCCGAUGUCCUGGCACGCAACUCCUCCGGCAACUAUAGCCAGGCAGAGCUGGGUGAACCGCUAUUCGAUGCCGUACUGGAGCCGGGCGAUAUACUCUAUUUUCCGCGCGGCACUGUCCACCAGGCAGUCUGUGACCAGCAACAGCACUCGCUGCACAUCACGCUCAGCGUCUAUCAGCAGCAGGCGUAUGCCAAUCUGCUGGAGGAGCUAAUGCCGGCCGUGCUGCAGCGUGCCAUCAAGCAUCAUUUGAGCCUGCGUCGCGGCCUGCCGCUGCACACCUGGCAGCAUCUGGGGCUGGCCAAGGGCGACCAGAAGAGCGAGCUGCGCGACAAGCUGCUGGCAAACACCAAGCGUCUGGUACAACAAUAUCUGAUGCCCAGCGAUGCCCAAAUCGAUGCUGCCGUCGAUCAGCUGGCGAAACGUUUCCAGCACGAGGCCCUGCCGCCCGUUGUGCUGCCCGAGGAGCAUGAGCGCACCGUCUUCGGUUCGCGCAGCCAGGCCAACUCGCAUGGCCAGUGCCUCUGCGAUUAUGAGCUAACCGAACGGACUAGCGUCCGUUUGCUGCGCGCCAACAUAUUGCGCCUGGUCGCCGAGGGCAGCAGUCUGCGUGUCUACUACUAUGUGGAUAAUGCUCUCGAGUUUUGCAAAUAUGAGGCCAACUUUAUGGAGAUUCAGCCAACCGAGGCGGCCGCCGUCGAGGCCCUGAUGAGCGCCUAUCCCAAAUAUCUGAAGGUUGCCAAAUUGCCGCUGCGCAGCGCCGAGCGUCGCAUCGAGGUGGCCACCGCGCUCUGGGAGCGCGGUCUCCUCAUGACCGAGCAGCCAUUCAAAUAGCCCAAACAUUUAUCUAUUAGCCCAUUAUCAUAUAUCAAUUGUUAUUAUUAUUAGCACCUAGUAAUUUAGCAUAUUUGUAAUUUGUCCGCAUCCCGAGCCCAUUUUGGGCUGCGUGCACAAAGGGGUGCCUGCUCCAAAAAACCAUAAUCCAACAAUUGUCAUUAAAGAUUCGCCUUAGUUUUG